AUGCCUCGAACCUCCAAGGCCUCUGCCCGUGCGCCGCCACUACUUCCCUCCAAGAUAUUUGUCCUCGAUAACGGUGGCUACAGCAUAAAGGCUGGCUUCGCGCCUUCUAAGUCGCUCACAGACACCGAGAUCCUCUCCAACUGUCACAACAUCCCCAACGCCCUGGUUCGCACCCGGGAGAAGAAAACCUAUGUUGGGGCUCGAUCUGAGGAAAUAGCACAGUGGAGUGAAGCACUAUUUCGUCGUCCAGUCGAGAAUGGCCAGGUUGUUAGCUGGGAAGCCCAGAAAGAGAUAUGGGAUCAAUCAUUCUUCGACGAGCGGACGGCUGGACAAGAUACUCUGAUAAAGAGCCCAGACGAGACCACCUUGAUCUUUACAGAACCUCCCAACUCGAUGGCUGCCUUACAAAAGAACGCCGAUGAGAUCAUCAUGGAAGAAUGGGGUUUUGGGGGUUAUUCUAGGGUCAUUGGUCCGUCUCUCAAUGCAUACAACGACCUGCAUCCGAUAUUUGAAACCAGUUCGGACUCGGCGAUGAGCUCCAUUGAUCAGCUACCUAUGGAAUGUCUCCUGCUCUUGGACUGUGGCUACAGUCACACCACUGUAACUCCACUAUUCAAUGGACGACCACUACACCGUGCCAUCCGACGUCUCGACUUUGGCGGAAAACAUCUGACGAACCUAUUGAAAGAGACGAUCUCAAUACGCCAUUUUGAUCUACACCAAGACACAAAAAUUGUCAACGACAUCAAAGAAGACGUCUGCUUCGUUAGUGAAGACUUCAAAGCCGAUCUCGAGAAGACUUGGAGGGGCAACAAAAGCCGCGAGAAAUCUAUUGCCUCAAAGGACAAAGAUGGGGAUUUUAAUAUGAGCGCGAAACCUGGUGAUGAUGAAAUUCGGAUUGAUUACGUUCUGCCUGAUGGAGUUCAUCUUCUCCGCGGCUUCUCCCGACCCCACAAUGCAAAGCUUGCUGCUCAAAAACGCAAGCAAGCUGCCCUCUCCGGCGCGGCUUUGCACGAGUCUGAGAUCGCCAUGACGCUUGGGAAUGAACGCCUCUCUAUACCCGAGAUUCUCUUCUCGCCCUCGGACAUUGGAUCGAAACAGCCAGGGCUUCCGGACAUCGUGCUGCAGUCUCUCAGUGUUCUGCCCCCUCUGGUGCAAGCUACAAUGCUAAGUAAUGUACUUGUAGUGGGUGGAAGUGCUAAACUUCCGGGCCUAGUCGCGCGCCUCGAAGCUGAGUUACGCAGCCGCAUCAGAAGUGAAUGGCAAAUCCGGGUGAGGGCAAUGCAAGAUCCGAUCACAUCCACGUGGUUGGGUGGUGCCAGAAUGGCAAGCAAGUUCCCCAGCGUUGUACGGGAAUACGGUGUUACCCGAGAGGAAUACCUUGAGCACGGAAGUGCUUGGACAUCACGACGCUUCCUAAAUGGAGGUUCUGGGAAAGGCCCCUGA